AUGAUUUUCAAAAAAACUCAGCUUACAGAUUCAAGUGAUAAACGAAAGAGAGAAGAAAGGAACAAAUAUCAACGUGAAUGGCGUGCAAGGAAGAAGGCCAAGUUAAGUGGUACCGGUAAUGUUACAUCUGACAGUCCAGUGCUAGCAACAACUAUUUCAGCGACAGAACUUAGUGAAGGGGGUGAGGUCGGGCGAUCUGCAAUCUCCAGCACAGAAAAGAAAGAAGAAAGGAAUAGAAAGCAACGUGAGUACCGUGAGAGGAAGAAGGCUGAGUCAAAGAGGGUUAGUGAAGAUGAUGCUACACUGAGUGUACUAGAUAAGGAAAAUAUUGAUCCAGAUGAUCCAAUCGAUUGGCUUCAUAGAAAUGAUAUGUAUAAACGACAAAAAAAGAAGAGUGAAUCCGAGAUCAUUGAGCAAAACCAACAAUCACCCUUCUCAGAUGGAAUUAUGCAAUGUCAUACUACACAAAUACCAAAUGUUCAUGAGGCCAUUCCAGAUAACGACUACGUUGAAUUCGAUAGUGCAUUAUUCGAGCCUGCAAAUGAAGGUGGUGUCGACGACGGUCGUGUUGAGGACGAACAAGGUGCGGACAAUGAUUUUGAUGAAGCCAGUCAAGUUUUGGAGGACGAUGGAUACGAGUCAUAUCGUGUUGGUGUUAGUGGCGUUAACGGGAUUGUCAGGUGCAUAAUGAUGCAAAGUAUUUCAGAAAGCACAUACAGUACUUCAACUCUCAUUUCUCAUUCACGAGCCUUGGAGAGACCCUUGACCAACGAGUCAGCACUGCAGCGGCUUUACUUUUAUGAUACAGAAGAUGCUGAUGCACUGGCUCAUAGGGUUUGGAGGUCUCCUGACCUUGAUAUCAACCUUGUCCGAGUCAUUCUAGGUAUUUUGGCCAAGAACCCAUACGUACAAACCUUCAAAAGAGUCGGAUCCAUGCCUAAUUUAGAUGACUACAUGAUUGAGCUCAACACCAAUGUAACACCUGACCAACGAAGAUAUAAUGCCCCCACGGCCUCGCAGGUUGCUACUAUCAGGUUAGAGGGGGAUGAUCCAGUGAGAACCUUAGAUAGACAUGUCUUGGUACGUGCCAAAGGUGAUAAGCCCAAUUAUAUCAAAGCAUACCAUGGUUGUUAUGAUCCUUUGGCAUAUCCUUUUUUUAACCCUAAUGGGGAGACUGGGUGGAACCUGAAAAUGCCAUACGAGGAUCCCAACCAGAUUCCGUUUGAUGUGGAAAUGGAUGAAACAUGCGAGGUGCCGACUUUUGGUAAUGGCGUGGUUGAUGUGCUUUCUUCUGGAGAGACAAGUGGUUCGGCGGUUGGUAAGAGGGUUGUGCUACCUCGCUCUUUUCCUGGAGGUGAUCGCGACAUGCAGCGAAGGUUUCUCAAUGCGAUGGCUCUUGUCCAGCGUUUUGGGAGGCCAGAUUACUUUAUCACAAUGACCUGCAACCCAUACUGGGAUGAGAUAACGGAAAAUCUCGAACCUGGCCAGUUACCGCAAGAUCGACCAGACCUUGUCGCAAGAAUUUUCAGGGCUAAGUUGCGAGACAUGCUGGAUCUAUUUGUGAAGAAAAAAUAUUUUGGAGAGGUUCAGGCUUAUGCGCACGUCACUGAGUUUCAGAAGAGGGGACUACCACAUGAACACAUCCUAUUGAUCAUGAAGUCAGGCAGUAAAUUGACAACCCCAGAUGAGUACGAUAAAGUGAUUUGCGCGGAGAUACCAGACAAGGCCAAAUACCCUGAGCUACAUCUUCUUGCCAUCAAGCAUAUGCUCCACGGACCAUGCGGCACAUUGAACAAGAAUUGUGCUUGUAUGGUGGAUGGAGAGUGUCGCUUCGACUUUCCUCGACAAUUCAAUCAGGCAACACAACAAGGGAAGGACUCGUACCCUUUGUACAGGAGGCGAGAUGACAGAUGGCGUGUCAAGAUUAGAGGUGCUGAGUUAGACAACAGGUGGGUGGUCCCAUAUAAUCCAGGAUUGCUUAUGCGGUAUAACUGUCACAUCAAUGUUGAAGCUUGCGCAAGCAUCAAAUCUGUGAAGUACCUAUAUAAGUAUGUGUAUAAAGGACACGAUUGUGCAUCUUUCUCGGUUGAUCCAUCUGGGGAAAUAAAUGAGAUACAACAGUACAUAAAUGCCAGAUAUGUGACACCACUAGAGGCUAUAUAUAGGAUGCUUGGUUUCCCACUGUUCGGUAUCUAUCCAGCUGUUUUGCAGCUCCAACUUCAUCUUCCUAACAUGCAGUAUGUCACGUAUAAUGAGGAUGGUAAUCUUGAGGAUGUUGUCAAUCGACCAUCUUCUUCUAGGACAACUCUUACGGAGUAUUUUAAAAUGAAUCAAGUAGACCCAGAAGCAAGGAAAUUGCUAUACAAGGAGUUCCCCGAACACUAUCGCUGGAUAAUUGGACAGAAUGUGUGGCAGAAAAGGAAAACGCAGAGAGGUCAAGUUGGACGGGUUGUGUACGCUCACCCUGGAGAAGGGGAGAGAUACAACUUGAGAGUUCUUCUCAACCAUGUGCGAGGUGCUACCUCGUUUGAAGAUUUGAGGACAAUGUCAGGUACAACGUACUCUACAUUUAGAGAGGCAUGCGAGAAGAGAGGGCUUGUGGAGACGGACAAGUCACAUGAUGAUUGUUUAAAUGAGGCAUCCACUUUCCAAAUGCCAUCUGCUCUGCGUCAGUUAUUUGCAACCAUACUGGUAUUUUGUGAAGUCACCGAUAUCCGUGCAUUAUGGGACAAUCACAAGGCUACAAUGUCUGAAGAUUAUAGCCGAGGGAACACUAACCCUGCAGCAGUAGAGCAGAUGGUGCUACGAGAUAUACGUGAUUUGCUUCAUUCCAUGGGGAACGAUAUCACGGAGUAUGGUCUUCUCGAGAUCAGUGAUAUAGGUGAACGUACCAACGACGUAAUGACAGAGAUUAUAGAGGAACUUAACGUGCUAGUGGACCAAGACCAUCUAGACAUAUACACAUCCCUUAAUGACGAGCAGCGUGCAGGAUUUGAUGAGAUAAUUGAUAAUGUAACUAAUAAGAAGAGCCAGAUAUUUUUUAUCGACGGCCCAGGUGGCACUGGCAAAACGUUUAUGUACAAGGCGCUUCUUGCUAGAGUGCGAUCCGAGGGAUUAAUAGCUAUUGCAACUGCGACGUCUGGUAUAGCAGCGUCGAUUUUGCCCGGAGGACGUACUUCACACUCAAGAUUCAAAAUCCCUAUUAAGAUUGCUCACAACAGCAUGUGCAACUUCACGAAGCAAAGUGGCACCGCGGAAUUGCUUCACAUGGCGUCCUUAAUUAUUUGGGAUGAAGCUGCAAUGACGAAGCGUCAGCUGUUGAGACACUUGAUAGGUAUCUUCAAGACAUUAUGGGUUAUUUAUUGCCAUUUGGAGGCAAGAUUUCCAGUGCAGGCCAAGGUUUAUCAUAGCUUUGACUCUGUUGAUGAUGACCCUCACAAUAGCUAUCCUCUGGAUUACCUUAACUCUAUCACUCCAAAUGGUCUCCCACCACACGAGCUGAUAGUAAAAAUCAAUUGUCCUGUGAUUCUUCUUCGCAACCUCGAUCCUAAUAAUGGGUUGUGCAACGGAACUAGACUUAUGGUAAGAGCUUUCCAAGAUAAUGCAAUUGAUGCUGAGAUUGUUGGUGGACAACAUGCCAGCAAAAGGGUGUUCAUCCCACGGAUCCCUUUAUCUCCCUCCGAUGAUAUAUCUCUUCCUUUCAAAUUCAAAAGGAAGUAA